AGGAGAAAUAUCUUGAAUAUUUUGAGGAAAAUGAUGAAAGACAGGAUUACAUUAAUGUCUAAAGAUAUUGAAGAUGGCAAAGAAGAAGCUGAAAAUCAUCUCAAAGCUGAUGGAAGGACCAAAUCAGACUAUGAUUUACUUGACUUGCUGCUUAUGAAAAGAGCCGAAUUCUCCAAUGAAGUUAUUGAGGACUUCAUUUUUGGUUCCAUUUUUGCUGGACAUGAUUCUACUUCAAGGGCAAUCGCUUUCAUGCUCUACCUCCUUGCAGAUUCUCCACAAGUUGUUAGAAGGCUGCAGACAGAGCACCUUCAAAUUGUCAAAUCCAAGCCAAAUUUAGACAGCAAACUGUCAUGGGAAGAUUACAAAAAUAUGGAGUUCAGCAAAUGUGUUGUUAAUGAGACCCUGCGGCUCAGCAAUGUUGCUCCUUUCAUUCCCAGGAAGACAGCUGAAGAGGUCAAGUAUAAAGGUUUUGUUAUCCCAAGAGGUAACCUUGUAGUAGUCCACAUGGGUGCAGCACAUUUAGAUCCUUCAAUUCAUGACAACCCCAUGGACUUUAAUCCAUGGAGAUGGAUGGGCCCAAAUUGUGACAAAACUAAGAAGGGUUACAUGCCAUUUGGUGGUGGUGCAAGAAUGUGCCCAGGAGAAAAUCUUGUAAGAUUAGAAAUGGUCAUCUUUCUUCAUCACGCCAUUCUUAACUAUGAGUGGGAGAUUGCUAAUAAAGAUCAUCCCAUGCAUCUUCCUUAUCUUGAAUUUCCAAAGGGCUUGCCACUUAGGGUUCAUGCUACUCAAAUAUUAAAUGAUUAGCAAUAACAACUUAAUUUACAUGUGUUAUAUGUAUUAUUGUUAUAUAUCAGUAAGUCAUGAAUAUUGUCUUAUGAUGCUUGGCACUAUGUAUUAUUGUCUAUAAAUGGUAUGUUGCUUUCAUAAGGGUUCAAGGAAUGAUUUUCUUUUCAAACAUGUCAUUUUAGACAAAGUCUUAUAUUGUACAAAUU